GACACGCUACAUGAUUCUGCGUCCGUCCUUAGGUGACUAUUACUAUAGCCGGGGACCCAAUAGCGCAGGGACAAAUCACUAGAUCCCAUUUACCUGUCCCUCCUCGUGCGGACGUUACCUGCUGUUCCUGGGCUUAGAGGGAGUGUCCACCCCCCAUACUGAUCAGUGCACCUUGCCUAUUCAUAUGCAGAUUCCGGGGCGGGGACAGGUGUGCCCGGGGUUGUAUAUAUAUAACACAGGUGAGCUGCGCCAGGUAUCUGACUCCCCAGCUGAAGCCUGUCCCUGGCACCGGAGAGGAGCAAUCAUCAUGGAGGCCGUUCUGAAAUCUGUAGUUCUUCUUAUCGUGGCUACCUCCCUCUCCCAGGCUAAAGAUGCGCCCUCCUCAACCAAGACCGAAACCGCCAAACCCCAGACUCUAUCUAGAGGGUGGGGCGACAACCUUGACUGGGUUCAGACGUACGAGGAAGCUCUGUUCAAAGCCAAGUCCGGAAACAAACCUUUGAUGGUCAUCAACCACAGAGAGGACUGUCCCCACUCACAAUCCCUGAAGAAAGCAUUUUCAGAACAUAAAGGAAUUCAAAAACUGGCAGAACAGUUUAUCCUCCUCAACGUCAUCUAUGACCCAACAGACAAAAACCUCAUUCUCGAUGGACAAUAUGUGCCAAAGAUUGUUUUCGUGGAUCCCUCCCUUGUAGUCAGAGCAGACAUUCCCGGCAAAUAUUCCAACCACCGUUACACAUAUGAGCCAGAAGAUAUUGAUCUGUUGUACGAGAACAUGAAGAAGGCUCAGAUCCUCCUGAAGACGGAGCUGUAGAGACCAAUGACUGUAUAUAUAUAUAUAGAUUAUUCAUUGUCCGGACGCGUCUGAUGAGAUCGUAAUAUAUUUCACAUGUAGCGGUGCCUGAAGAUUUAGCAAAAAAAAUUUUUUUUUUUUAAUAUAUGGAAUUUCCUUCCACCCUUUUUUAAAAAAUAAA